GGGUGUAACCAGCAUGGUGUGCACGUAAACCCCAUUCAGUGCAUGUGAACAGAAGGAAUGAGAGUCAGUUUUGUUUCUUUGUAUGACAAAAGUGAAACUAUUUCACAAUCAUAGUCUCUGACCGGUGAAAUGGCGCAGGGAGGAAUUCAGUGAAACCAGGACAAACUCUGCUGUUCGAUCUGUUUGGAUCACCUCAAGGAUCUGCUGACUAUUCCCUGUGGACACGACUACUAUAUGAACUGUAUUCAAAUCCACUGGGAUAAAGAGGAUCAGAAGGAAACCCACAGCUGUCCUCAGUGGAGACAGACCUUUGCACCGAGGCCUGAUCUGGGGAAAAACACCAUGUUGGGAGAGUCAGUGGAGGACCUGAAGAAGACUUCAGUCAGCGCUUCUACUGAACUUGAAGAUGUGAGCUGUGAUGUCUGCACUGAGAGAAAGGUGAAAGCUGUCAAGUCCUGUCUGCAGUGUCUGGUCUCUUACUGUGAGCAGCACCUCCAGCCUCACUAUGAAUCCCUUGCCUUUGAAAAACACAAACUGGUGGACCCCUGUCAGAAGCUUGAUGACCAUGUCUGCUCUCAUCACAAUGAAGUUAUAAAGAUUUUCUGCCGCACUGAUCAGCAGUGUAUCUGUUGUUUGUGCUCCAAGGAUGAACAUGAAGGCCACGACACAGUUUCAGCUUUAACAGAAAGGAAAGAGAAACAGACAGAGCUCGGGGUGAGUCAGCAAAACAUCCAGCAGAGAAUUAAAGAAAAGGAAAAAGACAUGAAGGUGCUUCAGCAGGAGGUGGAGGCAAUCAAUCAGUCUGCUGAUAAAGCUGUGCGAGACAAUGAGAAGGUCUUCAAUGAUCUUAUCCAACUCAUCAAAAAAAGAAGCUCCAAUCUGAAGCAGCAGAUCAGAUCUAAGCAGAAAAAUGAGUUGAACAGAGUCGGGGAGCUUCAGGAGAAGCUGCAGCAGGAGCUCGCUGAACUGAAGAGGAAGGGGGCAGAGCUGGAACAGCUGUCAGGCACACAAGAUCACAUCCACUUCCUACACAGUUACCCUCUUCUGUCGUCUCUAAGUGAAUCCACAAACUCGCUCAGUAUCAAUAUUCGCUCACCGUGUUACUUUGAUGAUGUAACAGCAGCUGUAUCAGAGGUCAGAAAGAAACUCGAGAAUACUAUUAAACUUGAGUGGACCAAGAUCUCACUUAAAGUGACCAGUGCGGAUUUUUUACUCCUACCGGAGCCAGAACCCAAGACCAGAGCGGACUUCUUGCAGUAUUCACGUCAAAUCACACUGGAUCUAAACACUGCACACCCACAGCUGAUAUUAUCUGAAGGCAACAGAAUAGCUAGAUUGACGAUAAAAAAACAGCUGUAUCCUGAUCAUCCAGACAGAUUCACUCAAAGGCAGCAGGUUCUGAGCAGAGAGAGCCUGACUGGACGUUGCUACUGGGAGGUGGAGAUGGGACCAGCUAGUGCUACAGUUGCAGUCACAUACAAGGACAUUAGCAGAACAGGAGAUGAAAGUGAAUUUGGAUGCAAUGACAGAUCUUGGGCUUUAGAAAAUUCUGUUGAAUUUAUUCACAACAGCAUGAGCAACACCAUCUCGGGUCCUCGGUCUUCCAGAAUUGGAGUGUACCUGGAUCACAGUGCAGGUGUUCUGUCUUUCUACUGGAUCUCUAAAACCAUGACUCUCCUCCACAGAGUCCAGACCACAUUCAGUCAGCCGCUCUACGCUGGACUCAGCGUUUAUGGUUGUGGUAAUUCUCUGAAAUUGUGUGAACUCACAUAGAUGGGCAGGAGAAAGAGUAACUGUGUCACUCUGUGUAGUGUUAUUUUACGAUGCACCUACUGUAAUCAGUCGUUUCUUACUGUAGAUUUUACCAGGAUACAAUAAAAGCUUUACACUAUAAUACUGUGAGCAGCUGGUUGCCAUUCAAAUGUUAUUUUAAAAGUCUUAGUGUUGACAUAAUUUAUUGCAGCUAUUGUCCACAUAUAUAGCUGCAGAACCAGUCAAAGGUUGAAUACAGUCAUAGUGGGGAAGACUAUUUAAUUUUUUUUUUUAGUUAUUUUCUAUGUUUUAUACCAGGAGUAUAAAAGAUGACCCCAUUACGAACGAACAACACGUGGAGCUUUUUAUGCCAUGCUGUGCAGAAAAGUGUCCCUACUACCAAAUAUGCUACGUUUGGGAUAAAUCAACAGUCCAGUAAGAGGAAAAUUAAACCACAAAUGAACCUUUAUAGACACCCAAUGAGUGAUCAAGAUGAUUAGAAAUUUCCCUUUAAACUAUCUCUCCACCACCACUGAUGUUCUGUUAGGAAUUUUACUUGUUUAGAACAAAUUUGCAAAAGCUUGUUUUAUGUAUUAUUAUUAUAAUUAAACUUGACCAAACCAAUGAUUGGUACUGUAUCUGUUAGGGUGUUUACUUAAUAUCUGUGAAUCGGGGUUUUGUUUCCUCAUUUGUAAACUAAUAUUUUUUAGUGUUCACUCUUCCUCGUCUCUCCAGUGUUUCUUUUUCUGCCUUUGCUUUGCUGAUCUGUGCUUCUUUUCUCAGUUCUAAUUAUUUCAUAUUUCAUAAACCUUCCCUGAGGAUUUCUGAUUUGUCUACUCUGGACAAUUUCCCUCUAUUAUUAUUGUCUGCCUGGCUCUUAUUGAUUGAUUUGUUUGCUCUGCUGUGCACACACUUGUGUUUUUCCUUGUUAGUCUAUUACUUAUUUUUCCUUUUAGGCCUUUUUAUCUUCUUAGUAAUGCACAUUACUCUGAGUGUUGGAAAUACUUCUUCUUUUUGUUCUUUUCAGCCUUUUCUUCCACAUUGGGUUCUCAUUUUGCAAAAACAUGGGGUACACUUGCACUACUACAUUAAGAUUGAGUAAAUUAGGUUUGCUCAAUUUAAUGUAACUUUAAGUUAUUUGUUUGUGAAAUAUCUUAAAAAUACUGCUGAUGGAAAUAAUAUACAGUGCACAGCUGUUGUUCCUGUGGGAAACCUGACUAGGGAUUUGGUUUUCUUUAACAUAAAUAAACUUUGUAUUAUUGGAAUGCGUAUAA